UUUAUCUUGGCUCGUCGAGGAACCCUUUGGCAGUUUUCGGAGCCGUAGUUCUUAGCUUAAUGUUCCUUAAAUUCCUACUUUGGUUACGUGUUGUAGUCAAGUCUACUUUUUGUCCGCCUUCUUCGCGUUGAUCUGAAGUCGAUGGGAUCUUGGGCCGUGGUAACAGGAGCUACUGAUGGAAUCGGAAAGGUCUAUGCUGAAAAGGUGCAGGUAGCAAUGUUCAAGUGAAAACUGUGGCUGUUGACUUUGGAGAUGGAAACCACAUCUAUGAGAGAAUAGAAAAGGAACUGCAGGGUUUGGAGAUAGGUGUUUUAGUAAACAAUGUUGGGAUGGCCUAUAAAAAUCCAUCAUAUUUCCUGGAAGUUGACAGAGAGGAUCAUGCAAAGAUAAUCAACGUGAAUAUUUUCUCCUGCGUCAUGAUGACCAACAUCAUUCUGCCACAGAUGAUUGAUAGAAAAAAAGGUGUAAUUGUAAAUAUAUCAUCUGCAUCUGCCAUGAUGCCCUCACCCUUGCUAGCCACAUACUCUGCCUCCAAGGUGUUUGUAGACUACUUCUCUCAGGCAUUGGAGAGAGAAUACAAGGACAAGGGUAUUAUUAUUCAGUCAGUGCUUCCAUUCUUUGUGAAGACGAACAUGUCGAAGAUCAAAAAGUCAUCUUUCUUCAUGCCCACUCCCGCGACCUAUGUUGACCAAGCGAUUGGCACUAUUGGAGUGGCGAGUAAGACAUUUGGGUGCUUAGCUCAUGCCUUGCAGGGAUUUGUGGUUCAGGGCCUCGCACCAGACUGGCUGGUGGACUACGUCUCACUGAAGAUGCACAUUGAUAUAAGAAAGAGAGCUCUCAGGAAAAAACAGAAAUGAAAGUUAAGAAUUACCAUCUGUUAAAGGGUUGGGUGUGUAUCUGCUUGUUUAUGACGUUUGGCAAGAUUGACAUAUAAGAAGCUAUGUUUAAUGUGACUGGUGCUGGCGAUGUUGGGUGAAAAAGCAAGCUGUGCGCAAUACACUGCGCAAGUAAUUUACUGCUAUAUGUUCGUGAUUACAAUAAUCUUGUCUGAGACGCAUUAUAUGAUAUGAUAUAUAUUAUAUGAGAAACUAGGGAUGCAGUGAUUAAUUCGGUCUUAAAUAAGCAUUUACUUUUAAAUCGGUAAAUAGUCCUAUUUAGAAAUAUAUUAAUAGUGAAGUUUUAAGUGCAUGGUGUAUAACAUAAUUGUGUUUAUAAAAAUAACAAGGUUGUUUUGUGAUUAUAGUUAAAUGUAAUUGCUCUUGUGUUAAUCGACUUUGCCGUUGUGAUAUGGUGUGAUGUACGUAUAUUGCAUAAACGUUUAAACGUCUGAGUCAUGCAUUCCAAAAUUUACUCAUUUGAAGGUUUUUUUACGAACGGCUCAGUGAUUCAGAUUGACGUUUCUUGUGUAUUCUGUAAAGUGACCCCUUGUUGAUCGUACACUAGUAUAAUUGCCUAGUAAUUUCACUGGAGGCCCUAUUUUUUACUGUGAAGUAUGCGUUGCUACAUGGUUUUCGUCGAUCAAAAAUGCAAGAUAAAUUUCAGAGGCUAAUUAAUUACGACCAGUAAAUCCUGAUCAGGUUCGAUGUUUUAUUCUCAGUCACAUAAUCGAUAUUGCUCGAUCCUGUAACUGCACAGCGAAACGCCUCGAGCUAGAUUGCCUGAUUACCUUUGUUCAGUCAUUAGAAAAUCUUAACAAGUAUAUGUAUUUGGUGUAAAAAUAUAAUGAGCAGAGAGAAUGAAAUGUGUGGCAACUUUA